AGGCGAAGCCCGGCCCCGCAGCCUCGGGUCUUGCGUUGUGGGUCUCGGGUUUUUUUAUAAUUUGUUCCGGAGGAUGGAUACGUUUCUUCUCGCCUGGGGAUUUCUAGGGCUGUGCUUGCCCGGCUCUGGAGGCACAGCGGAGACAGCUCAGCCAUGCGGGGGUCGCCUGAACUCCAAGGAUGCUGGGUACAUCACCUCACCAGGGUACCCCAAUGACUACCCCUCCCACCAGAACUGUGAAUGGGUCAUCUACACCCCUGAAUCCAACCAGAAGAUUAUCCUCAACUUCAACCCUCACUUCGAAAUCGAAAAACAUGACUGCAAGUAUGACUACAUCGAGAUCCGCGAUGGGGACAGCGAAGCAGCAGACCUUCUGGGCAAGCACUGUGGGAACAUUGCACCUCCUACCAUCAUCUCUUCUGGCCCCUCUCUCUAUAUCAAGUUCACCUCAGACUACGCACGGCAAGGUGCCGGCUUCUCUCUGCGCUAUGAGAUCUACAAGACGGGCUCCGAGGACUGCUCCAGAAACUUCACUGCCUCCAACGGCACUAUUGAGUCUCCAGGUUUCCCUGACAAGUAUCCACACAACCUGGACUGCAUCUUCACCAUCAUAGCCAAGCCAAAGACAGAAAUCCUCCUCCACUUUCUGCUUUUUGACCUCGAGCAUGACCCACUGCAGUCGGGGGAAGGAGACUGCAAGUAUGACUGGCUAGACAUCUGGGAUGGCAUCCCUCAGGUUGGCCCCUUGAUAGGCAGGUAUUGUGGUGUCAAUAUGCCAUCGGACAUCCGCUCGACCACCGGCGUCCUCUCUCUCACCUUCCACACGGACCUGGCAGUGGCUAAGGAUGGUUUCUCUGCUCAGUACUACUUGAUCCACCAGGAAGUCCCAGAAAACUUUCAGUGCAAUGUGCCUCUGGGGAUGGAGUCUGGCAGGAUCUCCAACAUGCAGAUCAGUGCCUCCUCCACCUACUCGGAUGGGCGAUGGACCCCUCAGCAGAGCCGGCUCAACAGUGAUGACAACGGCUGGACCCCCAUUGUAGACAGCAACAAAGAGUACCUCCAGGUGGACCUCCAAUUCCUGACUGUGCUCACAGCCAUUGCCACACAGGGUGCCAUCUCAAGAGAAACCCAGAAGGGCUACUAUGUGCGUACCUACAAGCUGGAGGUCAGCACCAAUGGGGAGGACUGGAUGAUGUACCGACACGGGAAAAACCACAAGACAUUUCAGGCCAAUGAGGAUGCCACAGAGGUGGUUCUCAACAAGAUCCACAGCCCAGUGCUCACACGCUUCGUGCGCAUCCGUCCCCAGACCUGGCACAACGGCAUCGCCCUGAGGCUGGAGCUGUAUGGCUGCCGCAUCACUGAUUCACCCUGCUCCAACUUGCUGGGAAUGCUUUCUGGCCUGAUUCCUGACUCACAGAUCUCUGCCUCUUCCAUCAGAGGCUAUGACUGGUCUCCCAGCAUGGCCCGCCUGGUGAGCAGCCGCUCGGGCUGGUUUCCCCGUGUGCCCCAAGCCCAGCCUGGGGAGGAGUGGCUGCAGGUGGACCUUGGUGUCCCGAAGAACAUCAAAGGCGUCAUUAUCCAGGGGGCUCGUGGAGGGGACAGUGUGACCACCACUGAGUCCCGUUCCUUUGUGAAGAAGUUUAAGGUGGCCUACAGCAUGAAUGGGAAGGACUGGGACUUCAUCCAGGACCCCAAAACAAUGCAAGCCAAGCUUUUUGAAGGCAACAUCCACUACGACAUCCCUGAAGUCCGGAGGUUUGACCCUGUUCCUGCCCAGUAUGUCCGAGUGCACCCGGAGAGGUGGUCCCCAGCGGGAAUAGGAAUGCGCCUGGAGGUGCUGGGCUGUGACUGGACAGAUGUCAGGCCCACUGCAGAGACACUGGUGCCCACUUUGAAGAGUGAAGAAACCACCACUCCCUACCCUACUGAUGCAGAAGCAACAGACUGUGGUGACAGCUGUGGAGAAGAGGAGGAUUUCCAACUCCCUGCGAACUUCAAUUGCAACUUUGAUCUUCCUGAAGACCUUUGUGGUUGGUCACACGACUUGGCAACUGGCUAUACGUGGUCUUUCCAGCCUUCAGGCACCUGGAUUGGCAACUCUGAUCCAAGCCCUGACACUGUGCCUGAUGUCAAGAAUUACCUGCAACUGCAAAGCAGCGGAAGGCGGGAAAGCCAGCGAGCCCGGCUCAUCAGCCCCACCAUCUAUUUGCCCCAGAGUGCUGUCUGCAUGGUUUUCCAGUACCAGGCAUGGGGCAGCAAUGGGGUGAUGCUGCGGGUCUGGCGGGAAGCUAGCCAGGAGCACAAGGCACUGUGGGUCAUCACGGAGGACCAAGGGGAGGAGUGGAGGGAAGGCCGCAUCAUUUUGCCAAGCUACGACAUGGAGUACCGGAUCGUGUUUGAGGGAUUUAUCCGCAACGGCCACUCGGGAGAGCUGGCCCUGGAUGACAUCCGGCUGGGCACUGACAUCCCACUGGAGAACUGCAUGGAACCCAUCACAGCUUUCCCAGGGGCAACCCUCCUGCCAGGGACCGAGCCCACAGUGGACACGGUGUCAGUGCAGCCCAUCCCAGCCUACUGGUAUUACGUUAUUGCCGCCGGAGGUGCUGUUGUGGUGCUGGUCUCCGUCGCGCUGGCCCUUGUGCUCCACUACCACCGGUUCCGCUAUGCGGCCAAGAAGAGUGAUCACUCCAUCACCUACAAAACCUCCCACUAUGCCAACGGGGCCCCUGUGGCCGUGGAGCCCACCCUAACCAUAAAACUAGAGCAAGACCCCAGCUUGCGCUGCUGAGAGCCGAACAGGAACGAGAAAGCAAACAAAACACAAAACAGACAGACAGACAGAAACUAAGACUUCAAAUACGUUGCCUCAGUUUUGCACUUUUUUCCUUACUUAGCAUACGUGUGAACUCUUAGAUAUCUCCAUCCCUUCUCCGUCCCCCAGCCCUCCCCAGAUCUUUUACAAACUCUAAACUAAUGCUGCAUCUUGGAUCGCCAGAAGAGACACACCGCCCCUUCACUUCAAAAGUGAACACUCCCUUUCUAUUACUUUUCAAAGAUACCUGGGGUGUCAGGUGGGGGUUUAUUUUGUUUUGUUGUGUUUGUUUGGGGAGUUGGUUUUUUUUGUUGUUGGUCAGCUUCUUUGGGUUUUGGGAUUUUUUUCUCCUCCCCGUAGGCAACCUGCAAGGGAACCUGAUGGUGAGCCUGGAAGCUUGUGUGUGAGGCUCGUGUGCAUGUGCUAAACCUGCGUGUGUGAGUGUGCAUGGGACUGUGUGUGUCUGACUGACUGAAUGUAUAUUUAGAAACAGCCCCUUUUUAAUUUGCUUGUUGUUGCUUCUACUUGCACAGGGAAUGCUUUUAUUUUUGUUUUUGUUGUUGUUAAUUUUCCCUCCUUCCCACCUCCUCUCUGGAAGGUCUGGGACGUGUUUAUGGUGAAUGCCCUGAUUUGUUUACCUGGGGAAGAGAGCAAUGCUUUUUUGUUGCCUUAUCUAGCUUUGGCUGGGUUUCUUGUUUGAUAGUGUUAAUGUCUUGGGUGCAAAUUGAGAAAAGGCCAGGCUGGACAGUAGGAAUGUCCGCCUCAGGUGGCUAGAAGAAUCCAGAGAGGUCCAUAGACAUUCAAAAAGCAAGAGAUCUCUCCAUUUUAUUCUUUCUGCAGCCAACAUGAAAACACAGCCAUUGUUUGGAAGAGGGAGGGGAAGCCCUCCUCUUCCCCCACCUGCAAGUGAAUCUAUUUAAAGUUGCCUUAUAUCAGAGAAGCUCAUAAUGAAUGUUUUGUUUGUAUCUGUUAAAGCCAGCCUUAGGGUAACACGUAGACUUCAGCAGGUCUUAGUGGAUGCUAAAUACUGUAGUUUCUUGAGAAUUGAAGGUUUAUUUAUUUAAUAAGUAUCCUCACUUUGGGUGCUGAUGGUUUUGCUUUUACACAGGGAAGGGGGAGAGGGCUCCUCCUUGUCUUUCUGCUAGAAAUGUUCAAGGGAGAAGUAUCGUUCCCUUUUCUGGGUUUGAUUUUUUUCCUUCUGCCCAAUCCAUAGCUGCUGAAUCAUAAAAAUUGCCCGUUGACUUUUUAGAAUGUCAGUUUUGCGUUUGCUAAUGUUCUGCUUCUUAGAGCACCAGUAACAUCUAGCAAGCCAAGCCCAGCCAGUGCACCUGGGGGGCCCAGCUAUUGCUGCUGCUUUAACUGGGGAGGCAAGGAGGAGCCUCCACAUGCCUCUGACUGUUGAAUGGCCCAGUGUAUUGUAGUGGAAAUGCCUUAUAUAAAUUACUGAAUGAUGACAUGCAAAAGUGGUUUGAAUUUUUAACCCUAAUCUGUUUGCAGGCAAAAAAAGUACCUCCAGUGAGCAAGGUUCUCCAUCUUGUUUGUGUCCAUCUGUGAUGACUGAUCAGAUUCCCUCCCCCCUUCUAAACUUGCUAGUGCCCAUCCCUCCUUUGCCCAUUAAUAUUGCAUAAAAUGAAUCAAGAUGAGCAGCUCUGUUAACUUCCCUGCAGUCUUGAGCUGCCUUUUGGUCUGGGAAAAAAAGUAAAAAUACAAACUGUGCUGAAGUGGUAUUGGCCUCUGUUGCAGCAUAGCCCUAUCCCAAGGGGAUCUCUGUCAAUGGGGGUGUCACUCUAUCCCCAUCCUUGCCUUAAUUUCGUGCAGCCAGUUUCAGUUCCCCGUGCUGGUUUCACAGCAGAUUUCAGUGGGAUCCUCUCAGCUGCAGCAGCAAGUGGCUGAAACAAGCAAGGAGUGCAGAAAAGCCCAGGGUGAUGUGCCAUGGUGAGCACAUUAGGUAAGGUGGGUGCUCAUGGCACCUGGGCCUGGCUCCCAAAAGGUUUUGGAGAGCAGCAGGGACAUGCCUGUCCCACAGGGCCAGAACAGACCCAGGGAGCUCCUGCCACCUGGAAGGCAGUGCCAUUGAAAGGUCCCUGGAGAGGAGUUUCCAGGGUAAGAGUGCUUUCAGUGUGAGCCUCCUCAUCACACAGCACUGGUGUUGCAGUGCAUCUGGUUUGGGAUGUGGAUUCCUAUCCCCCUUGGUCAGCUGCAAAUUAAAACAGAUGUGAAAUACUGGCAUGUGCUUACUUUCAAGUCAGCCCAAGCCAUGUCAGCAGAUGAUAUUGUCCCGUUUCCAAAGUCAGCUCAGUCUCCCUAGUUCAGACGAUUUCACUUUGACCAGGUUCACCCCCACAGACUUAGCAAGUGUGCAUUGGUGUGUCAGAGAGGAGAAUGUGGCACCCUGUCUUUUAAACCAAAAUCACCAAAGACAAAACAGAAGGUCACUUCGAUUUUUACUCCCAGUUCUCCCCUGCUCCUUGAGCCCUGACAUCCCCAGCAUUGCCCAGUUGCCUGUGUGUGAAAAAUAUCUUGUGGAAAUUUGAAAUUCUUUGAAGAUGUAUUGUGUGGAAUGUAAUAAAAUGAUGAUAUUUUUAUACAAAUA